AAAAGAUACAAAUGAUAGGAAUUCAGAUGUUUUCGGUUUGUUAGCUUUUGAAUCCCCUCAAAUUUUAGUUGCUUUAUUUGUGGGCAUGUGAUCCUGUAUACCAACCUCUGGAAUGGUCCUGAGAACAGGAUGCUACUCCAAUGCCAAAUUGUCUCAUGGAGACAGACUCAUCAAUAUUAAGCAUCAGCAUGGGAGAGCACACAGUGCUUAAGAGGAAGAUCUGGGUUAAGCAACGAACCGUCGGGGACCUCAGCAUGCAAGAGACAACAUCUGUGCAGUUCGGUUCACCACACGUUUUCUCCGCGUUCCUUCCCUAAUUCUGUGAAGUGGUUCCUUGUUAGCAGGAUACAGAGCACAUGGCCCUUCAUCGUCACUGCUGUCACAGGAAACACGGUGUCCCGUGAGGUACCGCCUGGAAACUUUGCGUCCGGUUCAACAGAUUCCAGGAGCUGGCUCUGGAAUGUCAUCCAAGCUCUUCCUGCACUGAGAAUUUUUUCUGUCUCUUUAUUCUUAGCCAGAGAAAGAAGUACCUGUUUGCCCAUAAGAGGUGUGAGAGAUGGGGGAGCUAUCAAGCCUCCAGAGCCGAUUCGGUGUGGAAAGGGAAGAAAUGAUGUAAGCUGAUAUGGACCAGUCCACAGGCAGUAGGAGUUUCAUAGAAUCGGGGGGAAUGGGUACGAUACAGCCAAUUAUUCAUCUCCAAUUUCAAUAUCCUUGAACUGGAAUCUCCUCAUAUCCUGGGGAAUAUUCUGGAGAGAGAAGGGAGGUCUGCCAUCCCAGCUGCUUGCACCAAGGGUCACUUCUGUCCAUGACACUUAAUGUGUGCUACUCCACUGCCUUGACAUACCCCAUGAGGGACUUUAGAUCGGAUUUCUUGUAGCAGUUGGCUCUAAUAACAGCGCUACCUGUUUUUCAAGGCGGCGGCUCCUCACACUUAUGAAUAGCUUCAACUUCAAUAAUGUGGAGCCAAUGUGACCACAGAAGGCAUCGUCAAUAAUGUACUGCUGACAGGGAAUCAGAUAGGUACUCUUGGAACUCUACCAAGAAGUCACAUCACUGAGGGCCUUGGCAAAUCUCCUGGAACCAUCUUUGACCUAUAUUAUCAUCAUUACCAAUGUUUCUUAAUUGAUUUAUCAAGCUGGUCUGAUGUGGGAAGAGCAGAAGCCAUAAAGAAAAGACUCACACCACAAUUUUCAUACAAAUCAAAGCCAACUACAUUCAUUGGAUGACUUCUAUAUCCAUGGAAGGAUCCAGUCUCGAACUCUGGACUACACUGUAUGCCUGGCUUCAAAGGCAUAUUGUUCCCUGAGACUGUGCUUGAAAGACAGCUCCUAGAUUUGGAAACACAUUGAGAAAUCAGCCUCACAAUCUGCAAGGGACACGGAAUGAGAUUCUGAAUGGUCAUUUGCUCUCCUGGGAGGUGAACACUGCUUUGAUUCACAGAAUCAGGAGAAAUGGCAAAACGUACCUUCUCCAGCUUGGAGGCAUUCCUCAUUUUCCUUCUGGUAAUGAUGACAGUCAUCACAGUGGCCCUUCUCACCCUCCUGUUCGUCACCAGUGGGACCAUUGAAAACAACAAAGAUUCAGGAAAUCUUGGGUCUUCAACCACCCAAGACCCCACGACCACACAGACUUCUCCAAUCACACAUGCUCCAGAGCCUCCUCCAUUUCAGAACUUCAGUGGCUACUACAUUGGUGUUGGGCGAGCUGAUUGCACAGGACAAGUGUCAGAUAUCAAUUUGAUGGGCUAUGGCAAAAGUGGCCAGAAUGCACGGGGUCUCCUCACCAGGCUGUACAGCCGCGCUUUCAUCUUGGCAGAUCCAGAUGGGUCAAAUCGAAUGGCAUUUGUCAGUGUUGAACUAAGCAUGAUUUCCCAACGACUCAGGCUGGAGGUCCUGAAGAGACUACAGAGUAAAUAUGGCUCCCUGUAUCGAAGAGACAACGUCAUCCUGAGUGGCACUCACACACACUCAGCUCCAGCGGGAUUUUUCCAAUACACACUCUAUAUACUAGCCAGCGAAGGGUUCAGCAAUCGAACCUUUCAGUACCUGGUGUCUGGCAUCGUGAAGAGCAUUGAGAUAGCACACACAAAUCUUAAACCAGGCAAAAUCUUUAUCAACAAAGGAGAUGUUGCUGGUGUGCAGAUCAACCGAAGCCCCUCUUCUUACCUACAGAACCCAGCGUCAGAGAGAGCGAGGUAUUCUUCAAACACAGACACAGAAAUGGUAGUCUUGAAAAUGGUGGAUUUGAAUGGAGAAGACUUGGGCCUUAUCAGCUGGUUUGCCAUCCACCCUGUCAGCAUGAACAACAGCAACCACUUUGUAAAUAGUGACAAUAUGGGCUACGCAGCUUACCUGUUUGAGCAAGAGAAGAACAGAGGGUUUCUACCUGGACAGGGGCCAUUUGUAGCAGGCUUCGCUUCAUCAAAUCUCGGAGAUGUGUCCCCAAACAUUUUUGGUCCGCAUUGUGCCAACACGGGAGAGUCUUGCGACAAUGAAAAAAGCACCUGUCCCGUCGGCGGGCCUAGCAUGUGCAUGGCCAGCGGACCUGGGAAAGAUAUGAUUGACAGCACACAAAUUAUAGGACGGGUCAUCUACCAGAGAGCCAAGGAGCUGCAUGACUCUGCCUCCCAGGAAGUGACUGGACCAGUGUUUGCAGCUCACCAGUGGGUGAACAUGACAGAUGUGACCGUCCUGCUCAAUGACACACAUGCAGUGAAGACAUGUAAACCCGCCCUGGGCUACAGUUUUGCGGCAGGCACAAUUGACGGAGCUUCGGGCCUCAAUAUUACACAGGGGACAACUGAAGGGGAUAUAUUUUGGGACACUAUUCGGGACCAGCUCUUGGGCAGACCAUCUGAAGAAAUCAUAGAAUGCCAUAAACCUAAACCAAUCCUACUUCAUACUGGAGAGCUGACAAAACCUCAUCCUUGGCACCCAGAUAUAGUUGAUGUUCAGAUUGUUACUCUUGGGUCACUGGCCAUCGCUGCUAUCCCUGGGGAGUUUACAACUAUGUCAGGACGAAGAUUUCGAGAGGCAGUUAAAAAAGAAUUUGAAUCUUAUGGGAUGAAGAAUAUGACUGUUGUUAUUUCGGGUCUAUGCAAUGUUUACACACAUUACAUCACCACAUAUGAAGAAUACCAGGCUCAGAGGUAUGAGGCAGCAUCUACAAUUUAUGGACCACACACUCUGUCUGCAUACAUCCAGCUCUUCAGAGACCUUGCUAAGGCAAUUGCUACGGACACAGUAGCCAACAUGAGCAGCGGCCCGGAGCCUCCAUUCUUCACAAACCUGAUAGCUACACUUAUCCCUAAUAUUGCGGAUAGACCACCAAUAGGCAGACAAUUUGGAGAAGUCCUGCAGCCAGCAAAACCUGAAUACAGAGUGGGAGAAGUGGUUGAAGUUAUAUUUGUAGGCGCUAACCCAAAGAAUUCAGCAGAAAACCAGACCCAUGAAACCUUCCUCACUGUGGAGAAAUAUGAGGAGUCUAUAGCCGACUGGCAGAUAAUGUAUAAUGAUGCCUCCUGGGAGACAAGGUUUUAUUGGCACAAGGGAAUACUGGGUCUGAGCAAUGCAACAAUUGAAUGGUAUAUUCCAGAUACUGCACAGCCUGGAAUCUACAGAAUAAGAUAUUUUGGACACAAUCGGAAGCAAGAGCUUCUGAGGCCUGCUGUCAUACUUGCAUUUGAAGGCAUUUCUUCUCCUUUUGAAGUUCUAACUACUUAGUGAAAAGUUGGCAGAUAUUGAAAAACAGCUUUUCUCUGUGUACAUUAUAGAGUGAUUUCACACAAAUGUGAGCUACUGGUUUGAUUUUUGUAACUGUCCCUGUUUGGGGGACAGAUAGUUUAUUGCUAAUGGGACACAUAUGUAUGUCUAUGUGUUUGUAUGAUUAUGCACAUGCAUGGUCAGAGAGAGAGAGAGAGAGGGACAGAGAGACAGAGAGAGAGAGAGAGAGAGAGAGAGAGAGAGAGAGAGAGAGAAAGAGAGAGAGAGAGAGAGAAUAGUUAUUAGUGGAUGAGAGAAUAUAUUAUUAGUGGGUGAGAGAAUAUGUAUGAGAGAAGUCCUCUGGAAACCAUGCACCCUGUGGUCUUCAUCCUAAAGCUUGAUUUUACUUGAGGUUUUGUGAUUGCUUAAGAGAGAAUUCCCUUUAAUAUGAAAUCUCAGAAGUAUAUUGAUAGUAUCUGAAGAUAUGUGAACAAUGUUUAACCUAUUUAUUUAUAGACUUAUUGAAUGAGAACACUAGAGAACUUUCUAGAAGUCCUCUAGAUUGAUACUUGAUCUUUCAGAGAGGAAAAUGAGGUUUAAUUCACUUUAGGUUAGAAUAAGGUUAUUAUAUAUUUUCCUCUAGUUGCAUUUACAAAGUAUCAUGUAACAUUACUACAAAUAUAUGAACCCAGCUAAAAUAUAGCCAGAAAAUUAGCAUGCCAGUUUUUCCUGCAUUCAAAUGAACUUAAUCCUUCUAAUCAGUCACUUUGGGAUGGGUCUGCCUGGCUCAGGGUUAUUGUUCAUUUUCAUAUCUUUUCUGGAAUGGCCUCCAGAGUCCAACUAUGCGGAAGCCAUUACAGUGCUCUGAUUAUGCCUUGUAUUCCUCAAAGUGUCCUUAUCCUGCUAAAGCAUGUCUAUCCUUCCCAAGAUUUACUCUAAAUGAUUUGACAUGUUUUCACCAGUCAAGUGUAUCUCAAGCUACAAAGCUUUGCCUUGAAUGUAGAUUAUAGAACAAAGGCUGGAAAUGCAGUCAUCAAAGGGGAAAUUUUAAAUGCAUUUAUCUGUUCUCCUAUCAGCUACGCACUCAUGCAUGGUUCCUUUGAAUUACUGAAUAGUUAUUUAAAGGUACAUAUAUAGCCAAUGUUGUACUCAUUCCUGGGUCUUCACAGUUACUGACAUCAUAUUGAGAUGAUUGUGUAGAUGAAUAAAUAAAGGAUAAAAUAGUCAACCAGAAAUAUAAAUUCUGGAGAGACAUUUGAAAGUCAUAAAAUUUCAGAUGAUCUAUUAGAUGUCUUCUGUACUGGGUGUUAUGAUCUGGGAGUAAAGAAGCCCAAAACAAUGUUUAGAUAUUAAUCUGAAAGUAAUGUUUUGGCACUUACAAUACAGACAGUCUAAUGAAUGAGCUAGGACAAUCUGACAUGAAUUGUCUGAAAGUACUAGUUGCAUUUAAAAUUACCUAAGUUAAUUAUUAAUAAAGUCAAUCUCUGAACGCCAAGUCAUAUUAUUGUAGGUAUGCAAAGGAGGAAGCAUUUUAGAAGAAAAUCAAUCUUCAUUUCAAUACUAAACUCACUUUGAGAACAAUGAUGGUAAGACAAACCUGCACUUUUCCCCUUUGGCUUACAUACUUAAGCAUAGUAGACCGAAUCAAAAAGAGCCCAGAGCAUGAUUCAGUGACUCCAUUUUCCAGACAGUGUUUCUAUGCUGAAACAUGAACUAAUGUUAACUGCUGAAGAAUGAACUAAUCAGUAUUUUCAAGGGUUGUGUGAACUUCUUUCCUGAUAAGAACACCCUAUUAUGUAUAAAGGUUCAAGGACUUAUCACAUUUUGAAAAUAGUUUAUUUCAAAAUAAAAACAAUAUACAGUAGAAACCA